GUGCCAUGCCGUGUAGUCCCUUGCCUGCUCAGCACGCUGCACUGCACUCCAAACCACACAGCCUCCUCGUCUCGUCUUCUGUCUCGCGCGCGCACGCCACUCGCUGGGAGCUCAUGGAGGUCGGCUCGCUGCAGCACCUCGGCGACAGCUUCUCCUACCGGUGGCUCAAGCACGCGGCGCAGGCGCCGUCGUUCAAGCGCCUCGUCGACGACGAUGUCGGCGGAAGCUCCAGGUACUUCAUCGACAUGGACCCCGCCGACCUCUUCUCCAUGCGGUGGACGGCUCCGGGCACCGACUUCGACUUCGACUUCGACCUGCCCGGCGGCGACGACGAUGCCGCCUCUCCGAUCCCGCUGCUGGUCAGCGCGAGCCAGAUCUUCCACGAUGGCCGUCUACUUCCCCACGAGCUCGACGACGACGGCCGCUUCGGUGCCCAAGAAGACGGCGAUGCCGCUCGCGUCGCGCACUUGCUGAGCGAGCCCCGGCUCUCGGCCUCGUCGCCGCUGUUCCACUCAGCGCAGAGCACGCCGGCCUCGCUGAGCUCGUCGUCCAGCGCGAGGAGCGGCGCCAGCAAGAACGCCAGCGCGCCGCCGCUGCUCGCCGCGGGGAGGCGUGGCGGCGGGUCAUCGCCGUGGAAGAUACUGCUCAGGUACCUGCGGUUCCUCAUGCCGCUCUACCGGAAGGUCAGGGCGCUGCCGCCGCUGCGUGCUCCGAGGACGAGGGUCUCGCCGGCGAGCCCCGCGAGCGCGAGAGCAAGGGCGUCCACGUCCAGCAUCGACUGGUGCCACGGCAUUGCCGACACGGCCGUCCAUGACGCCAUCCUCUACUGCAAGAAAUCCAGUGGACAAAAUAUAUAGCCAGGAACAAAGGAUUCACAAUCUGCAAGAGCAUGAGCUGAUCUUGUGGCCUCUCAACUCAAGAUCCUCUCGUUUUUUCCACCAUUAUUUUUGUUGUACAUCCACAUAAGUUAUACACUGUAUAUGCAUGUGACAAGCUGCAUGAGGAGUACGUUUAACGGUUGUAAACAGCUCGUUUAGGGUGUAAUAGAUGGCUCCCUUUCUUGUCUUUCUCGUUUGUCUUUGGCCAUGUGAAUCAAUUGAGCAUUUCUGACCAUUCCUGUUA